UUGCGGGAAAUUAAAAUUGCUGAGUGAAGUUUUUUCAGCCUGUCUAACUUUGGCACGUUGAAUGUCAUGGAGGACUGGGACUUAGAGAUCGAAACAGGAAUAACACCUGCAAGGAACUAUGACCAAACGCCGUACGAAUUUCCACAACGGAGUGAAAGAACUGUGACAGCCAGGAGUUUUCAGACAAGUGAAACUGACAGAUGGUCAGGAAGUCGGGGGUUUGCGUCCAGGGGCAGAGGGAGAGGGUUUGGGCGCGGGGGAGGAAGGAGGGCUCCAGAGGGUAACUGGAGGAAUUCAGAUAAUGAAAACGAUAGAAGGAACAGAUCUGAACGUGUUGAAGGGAGCAGAGAUAGAGGAGAUGGAUUUCGUGAUAGAAAUGGCCCUAGGAGGGGAAAUUUCGGUAGUGGUGAUUCCACCGAAAUAAGUAUACCCAGUUCAGAUGUGGGGCGGAUCAUAGGUAGAGGAGGAUCAAAGAUACGAGAACUGGAAGAAAAUAGCCAAGCUAGAAUAAAGGUGAACUCUGAUAAUUCCAGUUAUGAAGCCACUGUGGUUUUGUCUGGCACGGCAGAGGCCAUCAAGAAGGCUCAAGAACUGAUAGAGGAGAUUAUCAAUCCAGGGAGCAACCUGUCAGGCUCCUUUAACAAGAUGUCGGUGAAUUCAACCCCAGCCCAGCCGGAGGCCCCCAAGUUCAUUAAUUGGGCCCAAAUGAGAGCUGACCGUGCAGCCAAUGAGGCCAAGAAGUGGGAAGGUCUUCCUAGAAUAGAGAAAAACUUUUACAUAGAGGAUCCUGAGGUUGCUAACAUGUACCCAGAAGACGUGGCAAGGUUUAGAAAAGCCAACAACAAUAUUGUUGUGACAAACAUGCACAAAGAAAGUGCAGGCCAGAUACCAAAUCCGGUGAAAACAUUUGCUCAAGCCUUUAGACAUUAUCCUGAAAUUAUGGAGCAGAUUGAGAAGCAGGGAUUUACAUCUCCUAGUCCUAUUCAGACACAGGCCUGGCCAAUCCUACUGCAGGGUUUGGAUUUGAUUGGUAUUGCCCAGACUGGGACGGGGAAAACAUUAGCAUUUUUGCUUCCAGCUUUGAUACAUAUUGAAGGGCAACCAACCCCUCACUCCGAGAGAGGUGGUCCAAAUGUACUGGUAUUAUCUCCCACUAGAGAACUCGCCUUACAAAUUGAGACGGAGGUGAAAAAGUUCAACUACAAAGGGAUCAAAUGUGUGUGUGUGUAUGGAGGAGGGAACAGACGGGAGCAGAUUAAGGUUGUGACGGCUGGGGUAGAGAUCAUCGUGGCCACCCCGGGACGGCUCAAUGACCUGAUCAUGAACGACAUCGUCAAUGUGACCAGUGUCACAUAUCUGGUUUUGGAUGAAGCAGACAGGAUGUUAGACAUGGGAUUUGAACCACAGAUAAAGAAGGUCCUACUGGACAUCCGGCCUGACAGACAGACAGUCAUGACAAGUGCUACCUGGCCAGAAAAUGUCCGUAGACUGGGAGAAUCCUACCUGACAAACCCCAUGAUGGUGUUCGUGGGAACCUUGGAUUUGGCAGCUGUACAUAGUGUGACACAGCACAUUGUGAUUGUAGACGAUGAGGACAAAAGGUCCUAUUUGUAUGACUUCAUUGAGAGCAUGCAGCCUGGAGAAAAAGUCUUGGUGUUUGUUGGACGGAAGACCAUGGCCGAUGAGAUUUCUAGUGAGUUUUCACUGGCCGACAUCUCAUGCCAGAGUAUUCAUGGAGACAGGGAGCAGUAUGAUAGGGAACAGGCUCUCGAUGACUUCAAGACGGGUCGAGUCAGUAUUCUAGUAGCUACAGAUGUGGCCUCCAGAGGGUUGGAUGUCAAAGAUAUAAGUCAUGUCUUCAACUAUGACUUCCCCCGUAACAUGGAGGAGUAUGUGCACAGAGUAGGGAGGACUGGCAGAGCUGGCCGUACUGGCACGUCAGUGUCCUUGCUGACAAGGGAUGAUUGGAGGUCAGCGCGAGAACUCAUUAACAUACUAGCGGAGGCCAAUCAGGUAGUACCCGAGGAACUUGUGGAGAUGGCAGAGAGAUUUGAGGCACACCAGGCGCGGCGUGAGGCUGAAGGGGGUGGCAGGUUUGGUGACAGAAGGGGCGGGCGUGGAGGCCGUGGGCUCGGUGGACGAGGAGGCAGCAGAGAUAGAGGAUUUGAUGACUUUGGGAGUUUUGGGGGUGGCUGGGGCAGUGGGGGAGGACGUAGGAGGAAGGAUCGAGGAGGAGUUUUAUUCCCAGCAGAUGGAGUGGCCUGA